AUGGCACCUGAGUCAUUGAUGGCCCUGAGUCUGAACGAGCUAUUCAACACAAUCGCUGUCCGUAUCAAUGGAUCUGAGGCAUUCAAGCAACCUGAAAAGUAUCUUGGGAAAGAAAUUACCAUUGAUUUCAUGGUCACGGACUUGGAACAACCCAAAGGGAUUGGUGCUGGCUGGCACCUAAGGUUGAGCAAUGUUGCCUUGACUGGGCAGGUAGCUCCCUAUGUGGCCUCUCAAGCUGUGGAGAGUACUUAUGCUACCAUGACUGUCUGGCUUAAGCAUACGGAACUCAUGGAGCUUGUCGGAGCUGCGGUGGCUGACCACCUCUGGGGGUGUGGCCGCUUGGGCUAA